CGACCCACGAUUGUUGUUGAAAAAGAGUUUCAAUAAAAUCCCAUAGAAAAAUAAAGAGCAGUCGCCGAUGAAUUUUUUUUUCGCAAUCCUAAUUUCGUCGCUCCAGUUCGGCUCGAUCAUUGCCUUUGUGGCUCCUGUCUCGAAGCACGGCAACAUUCAGACCAACACCGCCCACAGGAGCAGCGCCGAUGACAACRCCCCCGCGACGAGCAUCGACGUGAGUGAUCUCGGUUUGACRAUGGAAGACCUGGAAAAACCAAUCCCGAGCGAACUUUUCGGUGACUUUAAGGUCAUGACGAGUGGCUACGAAAGCACAUCGCGGAUCGAAAGCGUGAACGACGAGGGAUGCUUGUGGGAGGAAUCCUCCGAUGCCCUGGCGGUCACUCUGUCGAUCGAGGGAUUGCGUGGGCAACCCGUAGCUGCCAUGAGCGUGGCCGUUUCCGAAACGAGUUGCACUAUCUCUGUAUUUGGAUUCGCCGUUUGGAGUUGCAUUCUGAAAGGGAAAUGCGUACCGGAAUCUGCCACGUACCAAAUCCAAGACGGAUACGACAAAACGCCCCUGAUCACACUGUCUGUUGUCAAGAAAAAAGAGAGCCCAAACGAUGAACGAUGGGGAGGAUUCAUUGAACAGAUCGGGGAAGAUAGCAUCCUCUAAUGGAAUACACAGUGAUGGCGAAUAUAUGCUGAUUUUCCUUCGUUCCAAAGUAACGAACUACUUCAUACAGUAUUUCGCGAACAAUAAACCGAUGUGUCAGAC